GUCAACCAACUUCACGCCAGUCUUUCUACAGUCGACAUGCGCAAGAGUCUCGUAAACGGUUGACAAGUUUUAUACAACACAAACAAAAAAAAAACGUUAAAACUAAAAUUAAACAAACCUUGACAUGUGAAUGUGUGUCGUUUAAAUUCAAACUUUUUGUUUAACGAAGUGCAACGCGGACUUGAAUUUGGAAAUUAGAAGUGUUAGAUCAUGUUAUAAUUACAAAAUGGAGGAUGUGUAUACUAUUAAAGUGAAAACUAAGCCAGAUACCAGGAAUUUAUACCCGUCUGAGAGGAGAUAUUCAGCGUCCACAGUUUCUGGAUUAGCCUGGGUACAUAUUGCUUUGGCAUCAACGUCAUUUUUACUCGCUUGCCUUGCAUUAGUCAAUCCUAAUGCAGAAGAAUCAUCAACAGUCACAGUGGAGAAAAAUGAAACGAAUUCCGACAAUUCAACAGAAAUAAUAGGAGAAACAACGAACAAUGCAUUUAUACUUAUCCUUGCACCGUCUAUGAUUACAAUUUUUGCAUUGGCAGCAGGAAUUGCAUCGAUUUUCGCAUCCAUAAGAUGGUAUAUAGAUAGAAACAUAACAUGGUUGUUCAUAAUGUCAACAAUUUCGACUCUAAUAUCAUUUGUAUCAUUCAUAAUGGUUAUCGUAUGGUUAAUAUCAACAGAGGAUGAUAUUUCUGAGUUUUAUAAAGACAAAAUACCGUUCAAGGAUAUAAUUAUUAUCAAACAUAGCGAUGUUAUUGAGAGGAAUGCCUCCCAUUUUGUUAUACCACGUAAUUCAACCGAAAUUAAAGAAGAUAUGACAUCCAAAUUGUUUACCAAACGAGUUCUAUCGAUCAAUAUAUUGAUUGCAGCGUUUUUAGAAUUGUUGUGGUCGAUUUUGAGCGUGAAAAUAUCGUAUAAAGGCAUGAGGAAUAACUACAAAGAGGAAGUAGAGAGACGUGGUAAUUGCGUAUCCGUUAUUACAACUAUAAAAGGAAAUAACACAAAAAAGAGACCUAUAAACGGUAAGUUCAUACCCAAACCAGAUUUAAUAGACAACUAUCCCAGUAGAAAGAUAAAAAAGAUUUUUCUAGCGCAGAACGACAACGGUUUUUAUUUGAAAAAUCAGAAUAAUAAGAAUAAACAGAAUACGGAAACCAGUUCGGAGUUUUAUAAAGAACGGAUGUUGAAUUUCUUGAACAGGUGCGCUGAGGGAGGUUCUAAUGCAGAAAUAAGGACCCCAAGCAUCCAAUCAGAGGCUAGAAGAGAAUUAGUAGUAGUAGAAGAAGUACUUAAUCCUAUCCCUGAAGUAGCAAGCGUAGAUAUUAAUUUACAAGAAAAUAAUAAUAAAGAAGAAAUUAAAGAACAACCCAACAGAAUUACACCGGUAAGCUGGGGUGAUACCCCCGAACAUACAGUUUACAACCAGAACACGAUAAAUUUCGAAAAAAUCUUCAGUUUUCGGAAAAAAAUGGAAGACGUGGAAGUGGAAAAAGUGGAAACGAGUGAAAAUGCUCAGAAUAACCAAUAACGCGUGACAGGAGAAGUGAAGAAAGUGUCCGUUUUUGCGUAAUUGUGUACCAGUGUUGUAGUUACAUGCAUAGAUUAAAGGAACAAGACGGACGGAGCUCUCUAA